AUGGCUGCAUCGUUCGCGACAUACGCUUCCCAGUUUUUGACCAGGCAACAGCAAGCGGGCACAUCGAGUCUGUCUUCAUCCCAGCCUCUGUUUUUCUCGUUUUCAACCGACAACGGUUCCCGCGCAGGUAACCCGGACGAAGCCGACCUGGAUGACCUGGACGAUCCACAUCUCAAUGCCAGUGCUGCCAGUCGAGGCACGGUAAGGGGUCAGGAUGGGCAUGAGCUAGGGGAGGACGAUGAUGAUCCGUACCUCCGUUUGGACGAGGAAGACCCUGGCUUGCCUCGCUUUCACUCACAAUCGAUACCCCUGUUAGGGGCGUCGGAGGGUGAUAGUGCAAAGGGAUGGUUGGCCCAUGCGUCGCCUCUGCGAUCCCCGUCCCCGUCGCCUUCAUCCUUAUCGGCCCAGUCGGGAGACACCCCGCCGAACCUCUUCGCUCCAUCGUCCCGGCUGCAUACAGGCACAAGUCGAUUACAGCCCCCACCCCCACUACCUCCUCCUCGAACAGAGGUGACAUUAUCUCUCACGCAAUCGCUCCUGCCCCGGGACGGCCGCACGCGACCCCUAGACGUAUUCUCUCUUCCUGAUCCUCGGUACGUCUCCCGAGGUAGACGGAAGUAUCAUGACUCUACUUGGACAGCCCUUUGGUGUGCAGGACUCAGCAUAUGUCUUCUCUUCUCGAUCAUCAUCCUUUUCCUCACUCGCCGGCCCACUAACCAUCCAAGAGUCAAACUGCCUUACGUUACGCUAUUGCACACAGUUCCGCUCCUCACUAUUCUGAUUCUCCUAAGUGCUCUUGUCGCUUACACACAUGUGUUUCUCCUGCGGAUUUUCGUAAAGCCCGUUAUGAUUGCUACUUCGGUGUUCAUACCGGCGACGCUGUUCAUUUCGGCUAUAUGGGCCUUUGUCGGCAGUUUUAUGUGGAAUGGCGAUCAGGAGCCAACCUGGGGCGAGACCGUGGGGCUUCGCCUGUUUGCCUUGAUUCCGCUUGUGCUGGCUCUUUUCACAGCCCGUAAAUUGCUGGAUCUGCCUCGCGAUAUACACACCGCAUCAUCUCUUCUCACACUUACCACCCGUCUACUCAUCGCAAAUCCCUUCCUGCUGGCACUGUCACCUGCAGUUCUCUUGGCGACUCUUAUAGUUUCUAUUCCAUUUGUCACGCUUGCAUUUCGCCUGCUCCUGAUUGGAUAUUUCUCUCAUCCUUUUGGCAACACUAGUGGAUGGGAAUGGCACGUCCGCGGGUGGGCGAACUGGGCAAUUGCGGGCACCAUUGGCGUAUGGCUCUGGAGCUGGGGAGUGGCGAGAGGAUCAUUGCGCGUGACAUGCGCAGGGGUUAUUGGCGCUUGGUACUUUGCUGAUCCUACCCUUCCACUUCCUCCGCCGACUUCUACCCACACUAUUCAUGCAGCCAUCACGCGGGCAACCCAACCAUCUCUGGGCUCUAUUGUGCUCUCUGCGCUGAUCAUCGCUGGUCUUCGAUUCUUGGGCUUGUUGACCACAGGCCUCCGCGCGCUACCAUACUACUUACCCCCAUAUCUGCGCCUUCUAACCGUUGGUGCAGGUAUGGCGGUAGGUUAUCUGGAGAACGCGACUUCCUCAUUGAGCAAGUAUGCCCUUGUAUACACGGGCCUCACGGGUGACCCAUUUUUCCCGAGUGCCCGUCGCGCGCGGGCAUUGACUGCCGCGGUGGAGAACACGUCUGCAGUGAACUACAGGCGAAGAUUCAAGACAGAGCCGCCGUUGACACUCCUCACCGUUGCUCCUCUGACUCUCACGUUUCCCUUCGCUCUGGGAACGUACUUGUUUGUGGCGCACACGUUGAACGUGCCAGAGCAGGCAUUGCCCGCUGCGCUCCUCGCGGGAACUGUCACUGCCCUUGUUGGCUUGUUUUGUAUCGGGCUAGUCAGAGAUACAGCCGAUACUCUCUAUAUGUGCUACUGCAUCGACAAGGAUGUGGGAGAACGACACAGAGAUGAAGUGUUUGAGGCGUUCGAGUAUGAGAGUCGUACAAGGCCUGCACCCGCCCAGCAACAUCAGCCUACGCCACCAACACGGGACCCACCGCGACAUCGCGACCGCCUGGACGUCCAGUCUCCCCCAUCGCCCCCGCGAGCGGAGACUCCUGAUCCCUUCGAACACUCGCCGCUGGAGGAGAAUCUCCAUCGGUACCCCGAUCCGACAUCACCAACGGCUUCUGGUGGGCUCAACUCGAAGUCAAGGUUGCCUCUCAGCAGGCGGAUGAGCGGUCUCCAAGAGCCUAUGCUCAGCAGCGCUCUGCCUCCACACGAGAGCGACGAGGAAGAGGGCGACGAGGACUCGCAGCUCUUCCCUGGUUCAGAUUUGUUCUGA